UACGCACUUAAGCUUACUUGAAUCACUAGAGUUAGUUCAAUUGUUCAAACGACUUAUAUAUGGUAAAGAAAUCGGUGCAUCUAGCAGUUCAUGCACAUGCUUAUGGUAAAACAACUAGGAUUGAUUUGGUCUUUAACUGUCUACAUGAAUGCAUAACUUCAAAUCAAAUUUGCUUUCCCACAGGCGUGCAUCGUCACUUUGUUCUCUAUGGUCUAAUGGGGUUCCUGCGGAAAAGCCUUGACCGUCAUUUUUCUCCGGAUGAGGUUUUGCAGUUACUAGAUCGUUUCUACAACUUGGAAGUGCUGAAACCAGAUGAUGAAGAGAUUGAUAUCCUAAAUCAUGAUGAAGAUUUUUGCUUGCCACAAAGCUAUUUUGUCAAGGUAGACCCUAAACAAAUUUUGGGGGAUUGGGGGAGGGGUUUACAUAUGUUUGCACUAGACUUUUCUACUUGUGAUCUGAUGAUUUAUUGCUGCGGUAAUAUUCCUUGAUCAUAUUGCACAGUA